AUGGCAAGCAACGGUCACACCAGCGGUGUGCCAUAUUCGCCCCUUCGCGAGACGAGCCGAAUCUUUUCCGACCUCUGCGCACAGUCCGAACGCUUCAACCUACCACCACAGGUGCAGGCGAACAAAGACCAUGUUUCAUUCUCUUCCAGCCAUGAUGAAAUUUACUUCCCAAUCCCGUUCAAAGAGACCGAGACGUUGGCGGCUUUGAAGGGUAUUGAGGGCUCCGUCGCUGCCGCAAUUGCGGAUCUGCGGUUCGGACAGGCUACGCAGCCGCGUGGCGUUCAAGUGAGCCUCGAAGGUGCAACGGCAUUCGGAUGCCAGGCAUACAUGGCGAAAAUCGAUGGAUUGUCCAAGUUGGAUCCUAAUGUCAAGUCUAAGUUGAAGGAUACUGAUCUUUUGGCGGCACAGUCGAACGGGUACCGUCGCAUGUCGGCCAAUCUAUACAGGACCAAGAUCCCUGGCGAAUACUAUCAUAUCCACGGUUCUCUAGAGGCCACUUCGACCCUCAAUAUGAUUGGUCUCGAGGGCCACCGUCCAGAUUUGACCGACUAUGAGGAAAUUAUCAAAGUCAUCGAGGAGAAGGUGCAAAAGUAUACCGUUUCCGAGCUGGAGGUGAUGAACAAGGAGAGGCGGCAGGCCGGUGUCCCAGCGCUCAAGUACGAUGAAUUUGUCAAGACUCCCCACGGCAAAUUGAACGUCCAAGAGCCUGCAUGGAAGGUAGACAAGCUUCCAGGAAACCUGGCCCCAACUCCUUUCCCUGCCAGCCAGCCCGGAAGCAAGAGGAUCCUCGAGGGUGUUAAAGUCCUCGAAAUGUGCCGUAUCAUCGCAGGCCCGACAGUUACACGCAUCCUAGCCGAGUAUGGCGCCGACGUACUGAAGAUCACUAGCCCCAACCUGUCCGACGUGCCUUUCUUCCAGGUAGAUGGCAACAUGGGCAAGCACGCCGCCGACCUUGAUCUGAAGACCGAGGCUGGACGGCAGGAGUUUGAGAAGCUCGUAGCCGACGCCGAUGUCAUUGUCGACGGUUAUCGGCCCGGAGCACUCGAAAAGCUUGGUUAUGGCCCCCAAGCUAUGGCUGCACUGGCCGAGAAGCGCGGAAAGGGUAUCGUCUACGUGAAUGAGAACUGCUUCGGUUAUGAAGGCGAGUGGGCCGGACGAGCGGGCUGGCAGCAGAUUGCGGACUGCGUCACCGGUGUUGCGUGGGCUCAAGGCCAAUUCAUGGGCCUCGACAACCCCGUCGUUCCCCCAUUCCCAAUCUCCGACUACGGUACAGGCUGCAUGGGCGCCAUCGCCGCUCUCUCUGGUCUCUACCACCGCGCGAAAACCGGUGGCUCCUAUCACGGCAAAGCCUCCCUGAUGCACUAUGACCUUCUUCUCUUCGCCAUGGGCCAGUACCCUGCCGAGGUACAGGAGAAACUACGUGCUGCCCAGCCAGCCGAUUUCUUCAAGCUGCGUCACUGCGACAGCGUCGAUCGCAUUUCGUCAACGGUCCUCAAGGGCAUGCAGACUCGUUUCCCGCACCUGUAUGUGCCCGCUGGUUCUGCCUCGAAAGCGAACCAGCAGGCGUUGACUGAGAGCUGGUUCUCGAAAGCGCAUAACACGGAUAUUGAGGUGGUGCGUCCCGUUGCUGUGGUACAGGGUGUGGAUAAUCAGUUUGUCAGGGCUAGUCGUCCUAAUGGGUCGGAUCGAGCUAGUUGGGAGGAUUUCAAACAGGAUGGGGAGGGGGAUGUUAAGAAGUGUUGA